AUGGGUAUAACAUUCCCAAAGAUCUACAAUGUUCAUUUUGUAGCUCUAAUUGCCACUCUUGGUGGAACUCUCUUUGGCUUUGACAUCUCAUCUAUCGCCGCGAUUGUCACAUCGCAACAAUACCUCACGUUCUUCAACCACCCUGCCGGUGCCCUCCAGGGUGCCAUCGGUUCUGCCCUUGCAGCUGGUUCGGUUGUAGGCUCUGCUGUCGCCGGUCCCCUCUCCGACAAGAUCGGUCGCCGUGACUCGAUCUUUGUUGCCGUUUUCUUCUGGCUCAUCGGAACCUCAGUUCAGGUCGCCGCUCAGAACUCUGGCACUCUGAUCGCCGGUCGCGUUAUCAAUGGCUUUACAGUCGGUGUCACAUCCGCACAAGUUCCUGUGUAUCUUGCCGAAAUCGCCAAGGCGGAGAAGCGAGGUUCCCUCGUUAUUGUCCAGCAGCUUGCCAUUGAGUUUGGUAUUCUGGUCAUGUACUUUAUUGGCUAUGGCUGCACUUUCAUCGAGGGCACUGCGUCUUUUCGAACGGCUUGGGGCACCCAGUUCAUCCCCGCGGUUUUUCUUCUCAUUGGUUUGCCAUUCUUGCCACGCUCUCCUCGAUGGCUUGCCAAGGUCGGCCGUGAUGAGGAGGCCAUUCUGACACUGGCUCGUAUCCAGGCCAAUGGCGACAUCAACGAUCCCCUGGUUAUUGCCGAGUGGGAGGAAAUCUCGACCGUGCUCCGUGCUGAGCGUGAGACGGGUAAGGGCUGGAGGAAGUUCAUCAAGAAUGGCAUGUGGAAGCGUACCAUGGCCGGUAUGUCCGUCCAGGCUUGGCAGCAACUCGCCGGUGCCAAUGUCAUUGUCUACUACCUUACUUACAUCGCUCAAAUGGCGGGCCUGACCGGCAACGUUGGUAUGGUAACCUCCGGCGUGCAAUACGCCGUCUUUAUCAUCUUUACCGGCGUGAUGUGGCUGUUCAUCGACAAGACCGGCCGUCGCACCCUGCUCGUCUACGGCGCCCUCGGUAUGGGCUUCUGCCACUUCGUCAUCGGCGGCGUCAUGGCUGCCCACCACUACGACGUGCCUGAGGGCAUCGAUAACAACCCCAACGUCAUCUUCGCCGUGACCUCGGGCGCCCCAGCCAACACGGUCAUCGUCUUCUCCUACCUGCUCAUCGUCGUCUACGCCUUGACCCUGGCCCCGGUCUGCUGGAUAUACGCCGCCGAGGUCUGGUCGCUGGGCACCCGCGCCACGGGCAUGUCGCUCGCCGCCCUAUCCAACUGGGUAUUCAACUUCGCGUUGGGCAUGUUCACCCCGCCCGGUUUUGUCAAUAUCAAGUACAACCUCUUCAUAGUCUUCGGUGUCCUCUGCGUCGCCGCCUCCGCCUGGUUCUUCGCCUUCUAUCCCGAGACCUGCGGCAAGACUCUCGAGGAGAUUGAGAUCUUGUUCGGCCCCGAUGGUCCCAAGCCCUGGAAGACUAAGAAGGGCGAGUCCAGGCUCGGUGCCGAGAUCCAGGCCGUGCUGGAAAAGCACGGCCAUGAGCAGCCUGUCGCAGAGAAUGUUGAGGCGAAGGCUUGA